GCCGGGCCCACCGGCCCGGAGCGGCGGGGACUGGGCCCGGCCAGGGCUGCUAUGCCAGUGUGCCAUGUGCGGAGGGAAGGCAGGGCGACUGCCCAUUUCAGCCAAGGGUCACACAGCAUUUACAUCACAAUUGGGCUGGAGUUUUAAAAUGUCUGACCCUCUCCUCCCCACCACCCGUGGCUGUGUCCGGACGGAGAAUGUUCUAGCGCUGGAGGCGGCUGUGGAUGAAGUCCGUGGGAGGAAAAGGCGCAGGCCGAGGGCGAUGGUGGAGUAGUGCUGCCUCGCGGAGGCAGCAUGAGCUGAGAGGGUGAUAGGAAGGCGCUAGACAGCAUGGAGGAAUUUCUGCUCUCCAAUGGGUACCAGCUGGGCAAGACCAUUGGGGAAGGGACCUACUCAAAAGUCAAAGAGGCAUUUUCCAAGAAACACCAAAGAAAAGUGGCAAUUAAAAUUAUAGACAAGAUGGGAGGGCCAGAAGAGUUUAUCCAGAGAUUCCUGCCCCGGGAGCUCCAGAUCGUCCGUACCCUGGACCACAAGAACAUCAUCCGGGUGUAUGAGAUGCUGGAGUCUGCCGAUGGGAAGAUCUACCUGGUGAUGGAGCUGGCUGAGGGCGGGGAUGUCUUUGACUGUGUGCUGAAUGGGGGGCCACUGCCUGAGAGCCGGGCCAAGGCCCUCUUCCGCCAGAUGGUCGAGGCCAUCCGCUACUGCCAUGGCUGUGGCGUGGCCCACCGGGACCUCAAAUGUGAGAACGCCUUGUUGCAGGGCUUCAACCUGAAGUUGACUGACUUUGGCUUUGCCAAGGUGGUGCCCAAGUCACGCCGGGAGCUGAGUCAAACCUUCUGUGGCAGCACAGCCUAUGCCGCCCCUGAGGUGCUGCAGGGUAUUCCCCACGACAGCAAGAAGGGUGACGUGUGGAGCAUGGGCGUGGUCCUGUAUGUCAUGCUCUGCGCCAGCCUACCUUUUGACGACACAGACAUCCCCAGGAUGCUGUGGCAGCAGCAGAAGGGAGUGUCCUUCCCCACUCACCUGGGAAUCUCCACCGAAUGCCAGGACCUGCUCAAGCGGCUCCUGGAACCAGACAUGCUCCUCCGGCCUUCAAUUGAAGAAGUUGGUUGGCACCCAUGGCUAGCAAGCAAUUGAUAAAAGCAAUGGCAAGUCCUCCCCAAUAAAGUAGGGGGAGAAAGCAAACC